GCGGCGGCUGGUCGCGGAGCGGGAGACGGGCGAGCGUCGUAGCGGCGGCGACUGCGAGCCGAGCCCGGAGCAUGGCAGGGGCCGAAGCCGCUGGGGAGGCUGCCGCUGGUUUCACCCCUUCGCCGGCUCCUCCCGCCCGCCGGGAACUUUUUCCAGCGGCCGGCGGCGGCGGUGCCUCCCCCCGUGUUUGGUGGUGGUGGCAGCGGCGGAGGCAGCAGCGGCGGCGGCGGUUCCGCUCGGCGGUGCCUCCCGGGCCGGGGCUGGGGCUGCUGGGGCUGGUUUUCUCUCGCUUCUGCUGCAGUGCCUUAGCUGGACCAAUUGUUGAUCCACAUGUGACAGCAGUUUGGGGGAAGAAGGUUGCAUUGAAAUGCAUAAUUGAUGUAAAUGAAACAAUUGCACAAGUUUCUUGGGAGAAGAUACACGGUAAAAGUUCACAGACAAUUGCUGUUCAUCAUCCUGAAUACGGAAUAUCUGUUCAAGGAGAAUACCAAGGAAGAGUGUCGUUUAAAAACUAUUCACUUGCUGAUGCAACAAUCAUCUUAAAAAAUGUAAGCUUUUCUGAUGCAGGAGAAUAUAUUUGCAAGGCAGUUACAUUCCCACUUGGAAAUACACAGGCAUCAACAACUGUGACAGUACUAGUUGAACCUGUUGUGAGCUUAACAAAAGGACCAAACCCUCUAAUAGAUGGAGCAAAUAAGACAAUAGCAGCCACUUGUACAGCAGCCACUGGAAAACCUGCUGCAGAGAUUGACUGGGAAGGAGGCCUUGGUGAAAUGAUACCAAACUCUAUUUCGUUUCCAAAUGAAACAGUGACAGUUGUAAGUCAGUAUAUGAUUGUCCCUACACGAUUUGCAAGAGGAAGACGUAUAACUUGUAUUGUGAGGCACCCUGCUUUGGAAAAGGAGAUAAGAUACCCUCAUGUGCUGGACAUACAGUAUGCUCCAGAAGUUUCAGUAACUGGCUAUGAUGGAAACUGGUUCAUUGGAAGAGAGAACGUUCAGCUCAGAUGUAAUGCUGAUGCAAAUCCAUUGCCUAUGGAAUUUACAUGGGCCAGAUUGGACGGACAAUGGCCUGAAGGAUUGCUACCUGUCAACAAUACUCUGCAGUUCAGCAGCCCAUUGACUUACAACUACACUGGGACUUAUAUCUGUAAGGUGACUAAUUCCCUUGGUCAGAGAAGUGAUCAGAAGACUAUCUACAUAUUAGAUAUGCCAUUUAAGCAGACAUCUUCUGUUGCUGUAGCAGGGGCUGUGAUUGGAGCAGUCCUUGCUCUGUUUAUCAUUACCAUCUUUGUGACAGUGCUGCUGACCCCAAGGAAAAAGAGGCCAUCCUAUCUUGACAAAGUGAUUGAUCUUCCACCCACUCACAAACCAUCCUCGUGUGAGGAGAGAGCUUUCUCUAUACCACAGAAAGAAGCUAUGCUUCAGAAAGAACAUCUUGCUUUGCAGAACCAGUACAGAGAGAAAGAUGCUGAAAACUUGCAGCACAUGAAAGCUGUAAAUGGAAGGCAACUUACCUGUGAGGCUGAAGAGCCACAGGAGGAAGAAAGUCUUCAGCAUAUGUAUCCAAUUUAUCAGCAAACAUACUACAAAAAUUGGAGCAGCAGAUACCCGCAAAACUCAGGACCUGGAAGAGUCUACAUCAAUCCAAGGGAACAUUAUGUAUAAUUCUGUACCCAAAUGUAUUAACUUUCAAGAUACAAGGGGUUUAAUACCUGUUGACUGUAUUACAAAUGUGCUUCAGCUUUCAUCUUUAAAAUAAUUGGCCUUUUUUCUUGUGGAAAGAAAUUGCAUGGAGGAUUUUACAUAGGUAAACCCUUAUGGAAUUUGAGACUUAACUUGCUUCUAGUCUUUGGUAUGUAUUUGUUUUGCUAAAAGAGGAGAGCCAUUUAGCUAUAUUAACCUUCGUAGUUAUAAGAUGUGUAAAUUAGAUUAAUUGGUUGACACAUGCCAAAAUGUAGUUAAGCUAUUUCCCUGGCUAUUUCUGGGAGCAUUCUUUCCCUGAAUGGGUAUUUUAGAAUAAUCUUACUUAUGUAAAAGUGAGUAGAUAUGAGCAAGACAACUGAAUCCCUGGUAACGUAAGCAGUCUCAGGCUGAGAGUAAUUUUUUUUGCAUCUUGGAAAACAUCAGAUAAUUAAUCAUUUUGACUGGCCCUGGCUAUUGAUUUCUCAACUAGCUCUACCUCUUCCAGUCAAAUGAGCAACUAGACUACCUCUCAAAUACUGACUCGCUAUUUAAUAACAUAUGUUGUGUGUCUUCCCACCUCUUUAAACAUAAAGCAAUUUCCUUACAUGGGAAACUCUUUGGUUUAUAUUGAUCUUGCCUGUCAGUUGAUGUACUUGCUGGUUGUAGUUUCAGAGUAGGUCUAUAUGCAGGAAGUAGAUGACUAAUGGGACAAAACUUCUUGAAAGUGUCUUGUGUAGCUACAUCUUGCCUACAAAUUUCUAUUUAGCCAUUUUUCCAAAUAUGACUCCCAUGUUAAGUGUUGCAGCGUUUGUCUUUCUUGGUAAUAAAUAUAUCUCAUGUUCUUUGGUUUCUUCUCAGUUUGCAGUAAAACUGCCUGUGGUGUGUUCUUAUGUCUUAACAAGAAAAGGAAAGCUUCAGUAGACUUGAAAUAGUUUUCAGUGCUGUCCUAUAAUCUUAACCAGUAGUGUGAAGUAACUGGAGAAUUUUCUGACGUUACCAGUGCUGACAGUAUUCCACAUGAAAUUUUGAGUGUGGGGUAAUGGUUGAAAAAUGUGCUCAGGAUCUUUUUUAGAAAAACAAGUUUUCCUUUGGAGUAAAAAAUAAAUGUUUGGCAAGUAAAAAAAAAAGUGUAUAUAGUGUAUUAGUGCUGAAAUGAGCUCACAGGACAAUCUUAAAAUAUUUUAAGACAGCAGGAAAUAAGACACUGACUAAAACUCGCUGGUGAAACUUAACUCAUGUAUCCUGUACACCUAAGUACAGAAUAAUGAUUUCCAAUCGGAUAACCUUAAGAUAAAAUGUUGAGAAGAAUGGCUAUGUUAUACCUAACUAGCUAUCGAUACAGAAUUAAACAUUACUUCUGCUGUAUUUGUGUUUUCUCUACGGAUGACUGGAUUUUUCAGACAGAUGGAAGAGUCAUAGUAGUAAAAGCAAUAGAAUUGAAAGCUAGUAUAGUUAAGUCUGUUGCAGGGAGGUUGUUGUUAUAAAACCUGAAUUCAACCUGCAUUCACCUCCAUCAUAGUAAAGUUAAUGAGAUCCUUAUCCACAAUAGGGCUAGGUAAAUAUUUCUAGUUAGUUACAACUAGCAGCUAGAAGAUUAUGGCUUUAGAUACCCAUGUUCUGGACACUGUGUGAGUAUAUAUUAACUGUUCUCUUGCUAAGCAACUUUCUUUUAUAUGAUGUGGAUGAACUUGACAGGUGAAGCAAUGGCAAAGAAAAAAGGUUGGAGAGAACUUGUUUCUCAAAAGCUUUCUUUGAACCACUGUCAACGUGCUUUUCUCUUAGGGACUGAGCACAUUUAUGUAAAUUGAGCAACUGUUUUCAAUUUUAAAGCCUUUUGCUGUAUUGGAGAUUUAAAGGCUUGUGUGCCCCAAAAAUGCAUCUUCCAAUAUUAUCAGUUUACGCAGCUACCUCUUUCCACAUGUGUUGCCUUACAUCCUUACAUUACUGCAGACUCCAAAAAACAUAUAUUGCCAGAACAUGGAAAGAAAACAGUGUCUUGGGCAAAUGUUAAAGCAUAUAGAAUGACAGAACUUUGAGAUGAGCUAUACUGCUUGAGAUAAUUUGAACAGUAUCACCGAGCAAAACUUCAUACAAAAGAUAUUUGGUUGUGCAUUAUAGGGUGGUUCAAAACAGUGUUAUUGUGAUAAUACUUCCCCUACAUUCAUUAGUACAAUGUGCUAUUGAGCAGGUGAUCAUUUCAGUUCCUAUUAUGUUGGCAGAUGAUGUAAAAACCAAUUAUUUUGGGUUCAGACCCCUUCUACUGCUUUUCAUUCUUAUUUGCAGAUAGAUUUUUGUUUGAAGAGUUGAAGCUUUGGGGGAAAGAGGGAGGAAGGAAGAAUGCUAUCAACAAAGCUAUAAUUGCUUUUUGAAAUUUCUAAAAAUAGCUUAAAAAAGAAAAAUGUAGUCCAACUAUGCUCACGUUAUAUAUCAACAAACUACAGAAAGCUUGAAUUGCAAACUAUCCAUCAGCACAUGGUUUGCCCUAGAGUCAUUAGGGAGAUAUGUUAUCAUGGUUAUUAACUGUGAGAAAUGCAUUUUGUGUAAUCUGUUCAGGGACACAUAGCAUGUUAGAUUAUUUGAAAUGUUACUUGUAGUCAUAAGUAUGGCUGGAUUUUGGGGGAGGGGAUUUGGCAUAGAAUGCUCUGAAGAGAACAGAGGAAUGUCUGCUGAUUAGGAUUUCCCACAGAAAGGAGUGUACAUAUAGACAUAAGUUUGAUCUGCUUUUUUAAGGUGUAGAAAAUGUCCUUUUUUUAUUUUUGUACAUCUUGAAAUGUUUCUAUUUGUAUAUUGAUUUGAAUAAAAACAUUAAAAAUGGAAA